AUGAAGACAAUCGCUGAGCCUGAGGAAUUGGCGUUGGGCACAUCGCUCCCGCCAGGAGAUCACCAUGGCGUCAGUGUCCACUUGCCAAACUGGCAAGACACCGUCGGCUGGGCUUCGCGCGAGCCUCGAGUUCUCGACGCAAUGAAGACGGGAUACCCGCGUUUCUUCAUCCACCGAAUCGUCCUUGGACUUGCGAUGCGACUUCUCGAAAGACUCCGGUCCGGGGAGAAUGCUCCAGGCUCGAAGGAGCCGGAAGAGAGGCUUGCCGUCAUACUGAGUUCGAUCCGCCAUGGCCAGUUGUGUCGCAAAGCGCUUAUAGAGUGGAGUACGCAACGAGAAGGGCAUACCACCUGCAGCUCGGCCGGCAUUGGAAUUUACAUCGUCACUUGGGAGGGCAGGAUCAGCGCGGUAGAGGAUAACGAAGAAUGUCUCAACGAGCUUGCGCAGAACCGAAGCAUCGGCGAAGAGGACAUCAUCCUGGUAUCGUACCCAUUCGAGCUGGCCAUGGAAGCGAAGUCCUUUUGGCAGCACACCGGUUUUGGCAACUCCAGCAGACGAGCCACACAUUGGCUGGAGCAUGCGCCUUUCCUCAACCCUCAAGUGCCAGAGACUACGUUACCUUCACCCGCCGAGAGGCGUCACAGCGUCGGCAAGGCACGGGCUGCAUUAAAGAAGCGGAUCGCAGCCGGCCACUCAUCCAACACCUUCACGGUUUCGCCCAACAAUGUCUUCCUCUUCCUGACAGGCAUGACCGCCAUCGUCGAAACAGCCGACGCAAUCAAGACUCUGCGCUCGGCCACCACGGACAGCCCUUACCGCGUAGCAGUUUUUGGCUUCCUCUACGUCGAUACCUUCAAAGUCCUCCAUCGCGUCUUAGGCUACGAGCCGACCCUCUACAAGUACACCACUUCCGACCUAGACGCCCUUGAAGCCGCGCUUCUUUUCUCCUCGUCCUCGUCUCCUUCCUCUUCCUCCCCCACUCAAACCCCCCCAAAAUUCGACGCCAUCAUCACCGAAUUCCCCGGCAACCCCCUCCUACAAUCCCCCGACCUAACCCGCCUGCACGCCCUCGCCCAACGCCACGGCGCCGUCCUCGUCGUCGACGACACAGUCGGCACCUACACCUCCCUCAACCUGCUCCAGCACUGCGACGCCAUCGUCACCAGCUUGACCAAGAUGUUCAGCGGCGGGUGCAACGUCAUGGGCGGGAGCGUCGCGCUCAACCCAGACUCCCCACACCAAAGCUCCCUAAAAGAAGUUCUGGAGAACAAACAAGACGAGGAGGCGGAGCGGGCGUGGUUCUGGGAAGAUGUACUCGUCAUGGAGGAGAACAGUCGGGAUUUUGCGGCGAGGGUGCACCAGGCGAGCGGGAAUGCCGAGGUUGUAGUUGGGCUGUUGAGGGCGAGUGAGGUGGUGAGGGAGGUGUUUUAUCCGCUUGGUGCGCCCACGCAGGACGUGUAUGAUCGGUAUCGGGUUGAGGGGGGCAAGUAUGGGUUUUUGCUGUCGAUCCGGUUUACGAGUCCUGCGAGGGCGGUGGCGUUUUAUAACGCGUUGGAUGUGGCUAAGGGGCCGAGCUUGGGGACGAAUUUUACCUUGUGCUGUGCGUACACUUUGCUGGCGCACUACAAGGAGCUGGAGUGGGCGGCUGAGUAUGGGGUGGUGGAGGAUCUGGUGAGGAUCAGUGUGGGGUUGGAGGAGCGGGAGUGGUUGGAGAUGAGGGUACAGAAGGCGUUGAGGGCUGCUGAAGAAGGUAUGGAUAUAUUCAGGAGGGUUGGCACAUGA